UUUCUUCCUUGAAAAACACCUGUGCUGCCCGCGGCCUCGGCUCUAGGUUUCAGUUGAAUUCUUCUGGAGAAUUACUUACUGUGAAAGGUAGAUCACUUGCUCUUGAGGCUUAUCAGGGGCAGAAGGACUUAGGAUAAACAAGAUGGCAGCUACAUCCCAGUUUGCCAGUCGAUACAAAAAGGACUUAAGUACGGAAACCCUCAGAACAAAAGUUGCACGCAGGAAAUCAGUGCUUCAAAAGGAGAACAGACACAAGUUAUUUGAAAAGAGCAGGCAGUUUGGAUUGACAGAUGUCAAUGUUCAGCUAUCAAAAGACAGGGAAAUUUCUCAACUAAAUGAGACAAGUGAAAUGUGUUCUCAAGAGAACAGCAAUGUGAAGCAGAAACAGCCUACAAAUGUAGCCAUGAAGAGGAAUCUUGAACGUAAGGAAAUGCUCCAACGCUAUAAAGAGGAAAAGGAACUUAGAAAACUUAAAGAACAAAGAGAGAAAGCAAAAAAGGGCGUAUUUAAAGUUGGGUUGUAUAAACCUACUGCACCUGGUUUCCUUUCACUUGUACCCCAAGAUCCUGUGACGGUCAAACCUAAGGAGAAGGCAGCUCCUACUUCCUCUGGGAGGAUUAUUCGAUCGAAGGCCAAGAAUCAAGCAGAAAAAACAGUGACAUCAGCUGCAUCCAAGCAUUCUACGGUUUGUGCCACUGGGCAUAGUGCACGCUCUACACAAGCAGGACGUAAACAGAUGGGUGCAGACAAAACAACUGAAAAAGAGAAAGUGUUGCAGUCUGCAGUCCAAACAGUGGCAAAUGUAAGAAUCACCAGAGCAGCCUCCUCUGCAGCUAGACAGAUGCUGAAAACCACUACUACAGCUGGAAGCCAGCCACAAAGAAAGACAGCAAAUGUAGGAAAGCAGAAGAAGGCAGUCAAACCUGACAUCAUGGAGGUACUUCCUUUUAAGCAUGAAGUAGAUCAAAAUGCUCAACUGGAUCCAGUGAUGGAAGAUUCUGUAGCUGAUUCUAAACAUUUAGCAUCAGUAGAACUUCAGCAGCAACAGACGUCAGGGUUUUUUUUUCAGCAGGAACAGACUUCAGUGGAAAAGGAAAACGUUUUGCUGACCAACAGUUCUUCCCCAGGGAGAGCUAGAACACGCUCUUUUGCACCUCAGAACUUUGUGUUUCAGCCGCUAAAUGGAUUAGCAACCUACAAGGUCACACCCAUGACUCCUUCUAGGGCAAAUGCAUUUUUGACACCUGAUGCCUUCUGGGAUUUUUCAGAAACUUCAGUUAACACAGCUGAAAAAUCCAGAGAAACUAAAGCACAAGAGCCUAAUUUUAAAAGUCAAGUUGUGCCUGCUAGUAAAAGCAUUCAAGAACAGGAAAUCAUUGCAAGUUUGAAAGCAGAAAAAGCAUGUGAAUUAGCUGAGAACACCUCCAUUCAGAGAUCAAAUGAAACAACCUCUGUUUCUACAGAUACGACAGCACUUGAAACAAAGUCAGAUGAUUUAAGAGAGCAGGAGCACAAUGUGCUCUAUUUCAGAAACAUUCUUCAGUCUGAGACUGAGAGGCUGAUAUCUCACUGCCUCCAGUGGGAUGGAAAAUUGGAGAUGGACAUUCCAGAGGAUGCUAAAGAUCUCAUUCGCACAACAGUUGGUCAGACAAGACUGCUCAUAGCAGAAAGGUUUAAACAGUUUGAAGGACUGGUGGAUAACUGUGAAUUUAAACGAGGUGAAAAAGAAACAACGUGUACAGAUUUGGAUGGGUUUUGGGAUAUGGUCAAUUUUCAGAUUGAAGAUGUGAAUAAAAAAUUUGAUAAUCUGAAGAAGCUUCAAGAUAAUGAGUGGCAACCACUUGAUGUGCCAAGCAAAGGAAUUAUCAAGAAAAAGACUGUUCCAAAUGGGGUAUCCAAACCAAAGCUGGGAGCGGCUGGAAGAACUGCUGCCCGAAGCCGGCUUGCUGCUAUAAAAGCAGCUAUGAGGGAUAAAAUGAAGCAUGAGGGAGCUGCUGAUUGUACACACCAGGAGAAGCCACCAGAAGUAGAAAAAGUGGUUUUUGAAGGAGGAUUUUUUAGAGUUGAAAGCCCUGUGAAAUCCUUUCCAGGCUUGCUUUCAAAGACACCUCGUAGAUCUUCCCAGUGGACUUCUGAAAAACUAGCAACUCCGAGAUCUUCCAAGAGAGCUUUGCUUCAGAGCAAUCUUUCUGCUCUGUGUAACCCUGAGGAUACAACUGCCAAACAAACGCCAGCACUCAAAGACUUCCAUGCAGCACAAAAUUUGAAAAUACAACAAUUUCCCACUAGAAAACCUCUCCCGGGUGGUUUUCUUGAACAAAGCAUUUCCCAAGUUGCAGAAGAACAUCGUCCUGUAGCUGGCACAGCAGAGGGAACCAGCAUGCUGGAAAAUCCUGACAGUGAAUCAAAAGAAAUGGAUGGCAUGGAAGAGAUGGAACUAUAUGCCGCAGAACAAGGACAAGAUAUUGUCAUGCGCAGUCCAGAGAAGGACAUCUGCACAGAGACUAACUUGGCUCACUCUGGAGAACCAAAAAUACCACACCCUAAGCCAGAUGCUUUGUGUAGUGAUUUCACGUGCACUGGUAGAAAUCCUUUUGAUAUGCCGGCGACGCGUGGUGAGCUUCCCUUCACUCCAAUCAAGAACAAAGCCCAGAAGUUUGCAGCGGCUGAAACAUUCAGUGACCUCAUUGUAUUUUCUCCCCUUUCUCCCUCUGGGGAAAAAUGAAGAGUGACUUGAAAUUCAAAAUGUGUAAAUUCUAUUGAUGAAAAAACAUAGAGGAUAUCAGAGAUAGUCUGCUACCCCUCAACUGUGUUCUGAGUGAAUAUCUGUAGUAUUUUAUAGUGGAACUUAUAUUUUGUAACAUUUUAUAGUGCAGACA